UUAAUCCCGCCUCCAACAUGCAACAUGAAAUCUCUCUAUGCACCUACCUCUCUCUCUCUCUCUCUCUCUCUCUCUCUCUCUCUCUCUCUCUCUCAUCCAAAUGCGUAGCCGUCAAACAGUGUCCAAAAAAACCAUAUUAGGUCCUCAAACCAAUAUCUCUUUCGAUUGCACACGGUCCCUGCUUUCUCAUGGAACCCUGAUGAUCAAGCACCACUGCGUUACCACUCUCAAAACCCUACAUUCCCCCGUCAGUUGCCUCGCGGUCAACAACAAUAACCUCCUCUACGCCGCUUCUGCUUGCAUAGUCAUCGUCUUCGAUCUAUCGAACCACACCCAUAUCGACACAUUCAACGACUAUCCCAGCUCCGGGUCUGUGAAGUCUAUCGCCUUCAACGACACAAAGAUCUUCACCGCUCACCAAGACUCAAAGAUUCGUGUAUGGCGGAUCGCACAGCCGAGGCGACACCACCUCUUGUACACUCUUCCCACCUUCAAAGAACGCUUGUACCGUUCCCUUGUGCCAAAGAAUUAUGUCCACGUCCGGCGGCAUAAGAAGCGGCUUUGGAUUGAACACUGCGAUGCAGUUUCAGGCCUAGUUGUUAAUGAAGAUUUAAUGUACUCUGCAUCUUGGGAUAAAAGCUUUAAAAUAUGGAACAUAUCUGAAAAUCGGUGUUUGGAGUCUGUCAAAGCCCAUGAAGACGCUGUGAACGCCAUUGCAGUCUCUGGUAAUGGUACCGUUUACACAGCUUCAGCAGAUGGGUGCAUAAGGGUUUGGGAGAGAGAUGAUACCCUACGAAAGCACGCUUUGGUAAGAACCCUAGAGAAGCACAGAUCCUCCGUCAAUGCUCUGGUUGUAAACGGUGAUGGAAGGGUGUUGUUUUCGGGCGGUUCUGACCUUUCGAUCUUUGUUUGGGAGAAGAAGAACAACAAUAAUGCAGAUUCAGUGGUUUUUGUAGAGGCAUUGUGGGGACACACGAGUGCUAUACUGUGCUUAAUCAACGUGGAAGAUUUGUUAGCCAGUGGGUCAUCAGACCGGACUGUGAGGAUCUGGCAACGUGGCGAAGACAGUGGGUACCGUUGCAUGGUUGUAAUGGAAGGGCAUGAAAAACCGGUGAAGUCGUUGGCAGCGGUAGUACGGCCGGCGGGGGCUUCCAACGGUGUUGUAUCGGUUUGUAGUGGAAGUUUAGAUGGGGAGAUUAAGAUAUGGGAAAUCUCAAAGUCCUCAGAUCAUUUGUGUAACCUGAGAUGACCGGCCGGCGUUCGUUCGAAAAAUUCCAUGUAUGAAGAUCAUGGCAUACCCUCAUGCGCGCAGAUCUAUAUUUUUUUUCCCCUUGUCAGGGUUUGA